AUGCCGCGAGAAGGCGACUUUGGCAGCGUAAAUGACAGGACUAGCAGUUCAGGCCAGAGGUUCUUCAGACUUCACGACCAAAAAUUCAAGACAUUUCAAGCCAAUGCUGGGGCAAAAUGUUUCGAUCGUGUUCUUUAUUCAGAAAGCUGGAAGGAUCUCCUCAACGGCCUCGGGAAGCUGGCAGACCUCUUUCCCGUGGGUGACCUGGAGAUAGGACCUUCUGGUCCUAUGCCGAGCGGCGGUGGUUUCCAGAUCUCUGAGCAAUGGACUUCUACGUGUGGAAGGACCAUCAUCUACGAUUCCAGUCGAUCUGUCCUCCAGGGGGGCAAUUUCGGAGAAUCCUUUACGCCUGAGAAUUCGGAAUUGACCGUUGUUGAUUCAGUGGCCAACAACUUAUCUCCAAGUCAUCUAUGCAACACAGCUUUUGUUCACUGCUCCCGAAACGCAGCCUUAGCUGCCCAGACCCUGAAUACCUUGGGACAGCUUGACGCCUUGAGACCUUAA